AUGUCUCUACCUCCUCCCGGUGCCCCCUUCCUCAUGCCACUGUCCAUGCCCUCCUUGUUACCGACUCAAUCUGCAACCGUCCAACUGUCUCCAGCAGACGAACAUAAAACCAGGCCAUCUGGUCAGACCCCUCUGGUUGCUGGCCGACUUCACUCCGUGGUGAAUUCGACCGCGAGGAGUGGAAGACAGCAUUUUCGAGAUAUGCAUUCAUCCAUUGGAGAUUGA